AUGACGACGCUAUCCUGGGGCGUGCUCGGCGCCUCGCUCUUCGCCAUCGAGCACAUGAUGCCGGCGCUGCAACAGGCCGCCGGGGUCCGCGUCCACGGCAUCGCGAGCCGCGAGCUGGCCAAGGCGGGGGCGGUGGCCCAGCGCUUCGGCUUGGCCCAGGCCUACGGCGACUACGACUCCCUGCUCGCCGACCCCGCGAUCGACGUGGUCUACAACCCGCUGCCCAACCAUCUCCAUGUCCCUUGGACGGUGAAGGCGGCGCGCGCCGGCAAGCACGUGCUGUGCGAGAAGCCGAUCGCGCUCGACGCCGCCGAGGCCGCCAGCCUGAUCCCCGUUCGCGACGAGACCGGCCUGCAGAUUCAGGAGGCCUACGUCGUGCUGCACCACCCGCAGUGGCAGCGGGUGAGGGCGCUCGUGCGUGAGGGCCGCAUCGGCCGGCUGCGGGCGAUUCAGGGCUGGUUCAGCUACCGGCUGGAGGACCCCGACAACAUCCGCAACAAGCGGGAGAUGGGCGGCGGCGGGCUGCUCGACAUCGGUGUCUAUCCGCUGCUCACCGCGCGCUACGUCUUCGGCGCCGAGCCGGUGCGUGUCUUCGCCGCUAUCGAGCGGCACCCCACAUGGGACGUGGACGUGCUGACCAGCGCGGUGCUGGCCUUCCCCGACGGCAUCCUGAACUUCACCUGCAGCACGCUGCUUGCCGGCCACCAGCACAUGGUUGUCCACGCGACGAAGGGCGGAUCGAGCUGCCCGAUCCCUUCGCCCAGUCGCCGAGCCGCGAGGCCCAAAUCAGAUCUACGGUUCGGGCGAGAUUUGGGAGCCGGACGACGCGGACGUCGAGACGCUGGCGAAGGUCAAUCAGUACGUGCUGCAGGCCGAAGCGUUUUCUGCGCGGCCGUGCGGGGCGAGGCGCCGCCGGCCUUCCCGCUGGAGGAGUCGAUCAAGAUGAUGCGCAUCCUCGACGCGCUCGCGCGGUCGGGCGAGAGCGGCCGGUGGGAGGAAGUCGGCGCCUGA